AUGGAGGUGGUCUUUGUUGGAGGAGGUGCUGGUGGUGCCAAUGACUGGAUGUACCAAAUCAGUAAAGAGACUCGAUGUUGCGAUGAUGUUGAUAGCAGGCGUAGCCUUUUCAGGACUUAUUUGCGGAAACAGAAUGUUCUUUUUGCCUUUGUCAAAUAUAGAAAUAUUCUGAGCGAAAAAAAGCUGCUCAGCACCGAAUGCCCAUCUUUGGAAAAUCUGCAGUUGGCAGACAACACACCUGAUUUUCCUGAGAUUUCACCAGUCAUUGAAGACUCUGGAAAUAAUAGAGGUUGCAUUCGAAAGAAUGACUCCAAGGUGCCCAAUGUUCAUCAAUCUGACAAGUCUCUCCCUUGGAGAAUGGUGUUUUUCCAACAAAUCUGCUCCUUUAGCUUGCUUCUUCGAGCACUCUCCUAUGCUUUAGAUUCUUGGUCUGAAGCUCAAGGUGGUUGA